AUGAUUCACAUGACGCUCCAAGUAUUGGCGAUCGCAGUUAGUGCUUGUAAAAAGUUUGUGGCAAUUGCAGAUGCAGCAGGUAUCUUGUCUCUGUAUAAGAUUAGUGAGGUCCUUUUGUUCGGACACUCCGUGUGUGCUUUGUAUCAAGUUUGCAACGUCCGAGGAAGAGAUCGGUUCGAACGACGCGCAGGAUCUGGUGGUGAUAGCGUCGUUGGGGAUUUUAUUGCGAUUGGGGAACUUGCAUCGACAGAGUUUGAGCACAAACUGCUUGAAAAUGACAAAGACAUUUCGAGUAAAGUCUUAAAGAAUACUCGAUUCGAAUGGGUGAACGUUGAUCGACUGAGAGAGAAAGCUUUGUCUUGUAUGCUGGUGCAUCGCGUUCAGUCAGAGCAAUAUGUGAUCAUAGGUAUCAUGCAGCAAUCGUGA